AUGAUUUUCAUCCCAGGGGCAAACACCUCAGACAACGACAGCCUGACUACUGGUAGAAGUGAUUUGGCUCUAUUUCAUGGCAACACUAUUAAAGUAUGUGUACUGUGUCUGCUCCUACCCAUCCCCAUCUUUGCCAUCAUGGGAAAUCUUUUCAUUAUGGCUGCAGUGGCACGCUUCCAGAGCCUUCGGACACCAACCAAUGCUUUUGUGAUUUCCUUGGCAGUGGCUGACUUCCUGGUUGCUGUGCUGGUGAUGCCUUUCAGUCUGGUGCGAUCUAUUGACAGCUGGCACUUUGGGCACUGCUUCUGCCAAGCUCACUUCUUACUGGACGUCACCUUCUGUACAUCCUCUAUUUUUAAUCUCAGUUGUGUGGCACUGGAUCGAUACAUAGCCGUAUGCGACCCCCUGCACUACCCUGCCCGAAUGACUCCCAGAUGUGUGGCCCUGCUGCUGCUGCAUUGUUGGAUCCUGCCUCUUGUCAUCUCCUCCCUUUGUGUCUUUUUUGGCAUGAACACUCAAUCAUCUCCUGCUGCGGUAAGCAGCAUCGCACAACAGGAUACUCAGACCUGUCUGGCUUCCUUUCAUAUCCCCUACGCCUUUGCAACUUCCGCUGUCUCCUUCUUCAUCCCCAUGGGUUUCAUGCUGUUUGCCUAUGGGAGGAUUUUUAUGGUUGCCCAGAGACAAGCGAGGUGGAUCCAUGCAAUCGAGCACCGUACUGGGCAUCUUCAGAUGAACCAGAGCACUAUGAGGACUGACUCCACCAGACAAGCCCAUGUGGAAAGGUAUUCUCUGAGGAAGGAGAGGAAGGCUGCUAAGACACUUGGUCUGAUCAUGGGGGUUUUCCUGUUCUGUUGGUUUCCUUUCUUCUGUCUGAAUGUGCUCAACCCUCUGAGGGGCUACAGCAUCAACCCCCUUGUCAUGGAGGCCUCCAUGUGGCUUGGAUAUGCAAACUCUUCGCUGAAUCCUUUUCUCUACACCUUUUUCAACAAGAACUAUCGUCGCGCAUUUAUAGCCAUGUUGGGAAGAGGGUCAUUGGUUAGCACCAAGACCCGAAAUACUGCAACAACCAAGAAUGAGAUUGAUGAGACCUGCUGA